AUGCCUUCAUCCCAACCAUCCCCUUUGCGCCCUCUCCCCUCCCGCUUUGUUGCGCCGCUGGAACCCUGCCCUCUUCACGUCCCUACCGCCUUCCCAGCCCAAGCAACAUCGAAGAGGGUGAGGGGGUUGGCCAAAUCCCGCAUAUCCAUGGCACCCAUGGCUCGUGCUGCUCCGCCGCCACCGCCGCCUGCCCUACUCGGCGCUCGAGCGUUAUUCAACACCAAAGACCCCACGCCGUGCCGUGCCAAGCGUAGGUGGCGCGUGGCGAGUCGCCUACUCAAAGGCGCGACAGACAGUCUUUGUCACUCAGACAUUCCAACGUUCCGCGUUAUGGCGCCGCAAUUUGUCGUGGAGGGAUCUUUGUCCACAGAGAUGACGUCACCGGCCUUUCGCAAGUCGUUCCACUCCGAUCCUCUGUCCGCAGCGUCGUCACCUUCCCCCGCAUCGUGCUCGCCGCUAGCAUCCUUGGCACACCCGCCCUCCACCGUGUACCCUCAAUCCUCCGCGCUGUCCUCCUCCCUCUCCGCCGGUUCUCCUGCCGGCAUUUUCGCGGCGAUAGAACGGCGAUCCGUCCCCGCACUCGACGCCGCCAUCGCCGCAUGGCGCCAGCGCACGGGCAGCGCGGAGGGGCCCUCCGAUCCUGGCAACGGCGGCGCGGCAGCAGGGGGAGCGGUGCGGAUGGGGCGCGAUGAGGCGCUUAGCGGGCUGCGGUCGAGUCGUGGGUUAACGGCGCUGCACGCGGCGGUGUGGCAGAACCACGUGGGCGUGGUGGAGCGACUGCUGGAGCUGGGAUGCGACCCCGACGCUGCGGACUGGGAGUCGGGGUGGACGGCGCUGCACCGCGCGUGUCACUUCGGGCACUGGGCCGUCAUGGGGCGCCUGCUCGCGCACAACGCGUCGCCCUCCGCGCUCGACGCGCUGGGCCGCACGCCGCUGCAGCUGCUGCCGCGCCCGCUGCACCAAGCCCACGACACCCCCGCCACUCUCGCCGCCGCCCUCCCAUUCGUCGGCGAGCUUCCCUCUGCCGCUCCGCGCGCCUCCGACUCUCCCUCCGCUGCGGAGCCCCCGCGCGCGUCUCUGCGCAGCGCAGGCGUCCCCGUGGGCGCGCAGGUGCAGGCGGAGGUGUUUUCGUGGGGCAACGGCGCCAACUACCAGCUGGGGACGGGCUCCACGCGCAUUCAGCGCACCCCCGCGCGCAUCGACGGCCUCUCCACCGCUACCGCCACCGGCACCGGCAGCACGGGCGACGGUGCUGCGAGUGCGAGCGACGGGGACGAAGGGGCCAGUUCCGCAGCCACGGCACCCCCGCCACCUGCAUGUGCGGCAGCAGGCCCGGCGGCGGCAGUGGUGGCGGUGGCGGCGGGUCGGUUCCACAGCGCGGCGGUGACGGCGCGGGGCGAGCUGUUCACGUGGGGCUUCGGACGGGGCGGUCGCCUGGGCCACCCCGACUUCGACGUGCACAGUGGGCAGGUGGCGGUGAUUCUCCCCCGGCGCGUGACAGCGGGCCUGGGCGGGCGCGCAGUGCGCGUGGUGGCGGCGGCGAAGCACCACAUGCUGGCCGCCACGCACACCGGGGAGCUCUUCUCCUGGGGCUCCAACCGCGAGGGGCGGCUGGGUUACCCGGCAGUGGACUCGCAGGCCACGCCGCGGCGCGUGGCGGCGCUGCGGCAGCGAGUGGUGGCGGUGGCGGCGGGCAACAAGCACAGCGCGGCGCUGACGGUGGCAGGGGAGGUGUACACGUGGGGGUGCAACACGCAUGGGCAGCUGGGGUACGGCACCAUCAACAGCACGUCCAGCUGCACGCCGCGCAUCGUGGACCACUUGAAGGGCCGUGCCAUCGCUGCUGUGGCCGCUGCCAAGAGGCACACCGUCGUGCUCACCGCCGAUGGGGAGGCGUAUACGUGGGGGCACCGCCUGGUGACGCCGAGGCGAGUGAAGGUGGAGAGGGACGUGCGCAAGGGGGGCGCCAGUGCCGCUGCUGGCGGGGCCGGGGUGAUUCGGUUCCACCAGCAGGCGCGGCUGCAGCUGACGGCGGUGGCAGCGGGUGCCAUGCACACCACGGUGCUGUCGCACGACGGACUCGUCUUCUACUGGCUCUCACAUGACCCGCACCUCAAGUGCCACCAGUUGGUGGCGCUAGCGGAGCAGCGCGCGGUGGCGGUGGCAGCGGGCAAGUGGCGCACGGCCGUGGUGACGGCGGGCGGCAGUGUGUACGUGUGGGACGCCUCCCACACAGACACGCCCCUGCCUGCGCCUGCUGCUGCCGCCACUGUCGCCGCAGGAGGCACGGGGGUGGUAAGAGUAGGAGAGGGAGGAGGUGGAGACGCAGGCGCGUGCAGCACAGCAGGCGCAGAGGCAGGAGGAGGAGCGGUGCCCCCCCUGGUGCAGCGCGUGGCUGGUAUCUGCCAGGCCGCUGCCGUGGCGGUGGGCGACCUGCACUCCCUUGCCGUCGCACACGUGCUGCUGCCACCCCUCCCUCACCCCUCCCCGCCGCACGCUGCCCCGUCUGCAGCGGUGCCUUCGGCGGGUGGAGAUGCAGAGGGGCGGGGGUGGGUGGCGCCAUUGAAGCAGCUGUGCGAGGCAGUGAUAGCAGCGCACGUGGUGGACGUGCGCAACGUGCUGCCCGUGCUCGCCAUUGCUGAUGCCGUGCACGCCCACCUCCUCACACCCUACUGCCAGCACCUGGCACUGGCGAACCUGGCGUUCAUAGCGACGGUGGCCCCCCAGCAGCUCGCCCUCUGCCCGCCCCACGUGCUCGCGCACCUCGAGGCCGUCUCCCGCACCUGCUCCUCCGCCGCCUCCGCCCCUGCCCCCACGGCUCCUCCACUGCUGCCUCUCUCGCGCGCUCUGCCCACACCCACGGCGCCCAACGACCCUGUGCUGGCUGGCGAAGAGGAGGAGGAGUACGAGGGGGGAAGUGGCGAGCAGCAACAGGGCAUGCACGAGCAUGGGCAGCAGCAACCGCACGUUGGGUACCAAGACCACCUGCACGCCCAUUCCUUUGACUCCACCCCCCAUGCCACUGCCCACGCCCACAGCACCACAUGGCAUGUCACCCCCUCCCCUGACCUUGCCUCGGCGCUCCACAUGGCGCGCCAUACCGGCCUCCCAGUCCUCCAUGCAGACCUGGGAAUCACAUCCAGGUUCGGCGGAGGCUCGGGAGUGGACGCAGCAGGUGAGGCGGAGGUGGCGCGGCAGGUGAGGGCAGUGCGGAAGAAGCUGCAGCAGGUGGAGAUGCUGGAGGCGCGCAGGCGGGCGGGUGAGGUGCUGGAUGCGCAGCAGCGGGCCAAGGUGGCGGGCAAGGCGCAGCUGGACAAGGUGGUCGCCGUGCUGGAGGCCGGUGGGCCCGCUGCUGCUGCUCUUGCCGCCGCCCGCGCUGCUUCUGCUGCUGCUGCUAGUGGCGCUGCUGCGAGUGUGGGUGGUGGAAGUGGUGUGGGGGGGAAUGGGAGUGUGGGUGAGGCCGUGCAUGGUGAUGGCGCUGCUGACGCUGGUUCCACACACACGACCAACAACGCCACUCCCGGCAAGGCUGGUGACGCAGCUGCAGCAGGGAAGGACAAGAGUCGGAAAAAAGGAGGGCAGGGAUUAUCUAGUAAGCAGUCAGAGGCCAAGGAGAGGGAGAAGGCACCGCGUGCAACAGCUGCCUCGCGUGGCCCCUCGGAACCUGUUGCCAUACCUGACAGCAUGCAUCCACCAGCAGCAGCCUGUGAAGCCACAGUGGGUGUGCUUCUGCCCCCUGGUGGGGCGCUCUGUGCACCACCAGCAAUGCCACACGCUGCUGCUCGCACCACUGCUGCCACCAGCACUACCACUGCUGGCAGCGGUGGCAGUGGGAAGAAGGGGGCGAAGAAGAAGUGGCGAAAGGGAGGGCUGUCGCUGUUCCUUGCUGGUGACCUGGAACGUGACGCCACCGCCGCCACUGCACCUGCCACGCCUGCUCCUGCAGGUGGAGCAGCGGGCCCCUCUCCCUCCCCAUCGCCCGCCAAGCCUGCGUGGGGCAUCCCUCGCCAGCCCGCACCACCCGAUGCUCUGCCUGCUCCUACAGAGGCGUCGCCUGCGCGCUCACUGCGGGACAUUCAGAGUGAGCAGCAACAGCAGCACAGCGGCAGGGCAGCGCUGCACACUGCACCCGCGCCCAUUUCCCGCCCCCUUGGCCAUGGCACCUCUGCUGCGGGCAGUUGUGGCAGUGGCAGCAGCGGGGGCAGGUCCAUGAGCGGCACAGAUGCAGUGAGUGCAGUGGGCAGGAGCGCCACCAAAGGCAGCAGCGGGCGGCGUGGGCAGCAGGGGCAGCACGGCAGUGCACCGGGGUUGCUGGGGUUCGUGUCGGUGGCUGCUCCUCACAGCGCAUCUCCGGGGCAAGCAGGGCACGAGCGAGUGGCAGCAGGCGCGGCACAGGGGGCAGGGGGGUGGAGAGGUGGCGAGGGUGGUGGAGUGGCAGCGGGGAUCAGAGUAUCUCUGGGGGAGCUGCUCAAGGCGUCCACCCAACACAAGCCCCACCAUACAGAUGCUGCUGGGGGCGCGGGCAAGGCAAGGGCAGCACCGGUGGCACCGUGGGCCAAGGGGCGUGGUGGAGAGGGCACGGUGGGAGACGACCCCGUGGUGCGCAGCCAGGGGAUGAACAUAGGCAGGGGGUUGGGCAGCGGUGGGCAAGGAGGAGGGCAUGCACGUCAGCCUGUUUCACUGGUGGAGAUUCAGCAGCAACAGGAGCUGUCGCGCCGUCGCUCGCAGCACUGCGGCUCAUGGGGCAGCCCCACCUCUGCCCUGCUCGCCGCAUCGCCAUCCAAUGCUGCCACACCAGCAGCGGCACUGCAACGACCUGCUGCCUCUGCUCCCGUGCCAUGCUCCCCAUCCUCCCCGGCUCCCUCGCCCUCACCCAGCCGUUUUUCCGCCGCCUCUUCUCCUGCCAUGCCCGCCACUCCCCAUGGCUCAUCUGCGCGCACGCGUGCCUCUGGCAGUGGUGGAAGCAUGCCUGCUGCUGUUGCUCUUGCCACCACCACUACAGGUGGCGGGUUUGCCCCUGCUGCAGCGGAGGCAGAGAGCCGGUGGUACAAGGGGGUGGAGGAGGGGGUAAGGGCGUCAUCGCUGCGCAGCAUUCAGAUUGAAGAGCAGGCCAUGAGGGAGCUCAAGAGCUUUGGCUUUGCCAGUGUGCGCGUCGUCAGGGAUACGUAG